UUUUGAGAAAAUAGAGGGUUAGGUUUUUGGGAAAAAUGUGUUUGUUGGAUUUUUUAUUGAUUUUUUUGUAAAUCUUAGAAGAGAAAUUAAGAAUUGUAUGUAUUAUAAGUUUUAAAGUGUUUUUGGAAUCCAGAUCUUGAUUAGAUAAUAAAAUAAAGAUAAAAUUGGCUGAGGAAAUUUUGAUGUUUAUCCGCCCAUCCAGCCUAAGGGAUCAACAACUCCAGAACAAAUGCUGCAACAAGAGCACUUAAAAAUAUUUAAUGCAUAUACUGAAUCGCUCCCUUCACUUACUCUUCAAAAUCCUAAAAACCCCGCAUCAGCUCCGAAUGGUUCUCAAAACAAGACUCCCAAGCAUUAGUGUCAUGAUUUUAUUGAAGCCGAGAUUAGGACUUCAGAGUAAUAGAUAAGAAAGGUCCUUAAAAGAAAGGAUAGCUCUGAAGGAUCCAAUAUUUGGGGUUGACACUUCAUCUUUAGAAUUUAAAAGAUGAUGGACAUAUUUUGGAAAGAUAUAC